AACUGCCUUAUCUGCAAAAACUCCUCCGCUCCAAUUGAGCACAUGCUGUCCAGACAGAGCGAAAGGUGGAUAAAAGCAGGAAGUGUCAUAGAUUUUGUGUCAUUGUUCAGAGAGGUGUGCACGCCUGAGGUGCUUCUUCACUGGCCUCCACGACUCUUUUACCGUACUGAGCUCGCUGCGCUGCAGAGAACAUGUCGGCCCUCUCCAUACCGCCACCAUCAUGCCUGCUGAAACCUUUUGUGGUUCCUCAGCGCCACAUGUUUGGACCAGGACCGUCCAAUGUUCCUCCACGUAUCCUGGAGGCUGGAGCCAAACCAGUCAUUGGACACAUGCAUCCAGAGAUUUUUGAGAUAAUGAAUGAAAUCAAAAGUGGAAUCCAGUACAUCUUUCAGACUCGUAACAGGAUGACCUUUGCCGUGAGUGGCACAGGCCACGCUGCAAUGGAGUGUGCCAUCUUCAACACUGUGGAGCCCGGGGAGAGCGUGCUGGCAGCGGUGAACGGCAUCUGGGGAGAGCGCGCUGCCGACAUGGCAGAGAGGAUUGGGGCCAUGGUAAACACAUUAGUGGUGCCUCCCGGUGGCUACUUAACAAUUUCAGAAAUUGAAAAGGCUUUAUCAAGACACAGGCCGGUGGUGUUUUUCUUGGCUCAUGGAGAAUCUUCUACUGGAGUCCUGCAUCCUUUAGAUGGAAUAGGAGAGCUGUGCCACAAGUACAACUGCCUGCUGCUUGUGGACUCUGUGGCUUCACUUGGAGGAACCCCUCUGUACAUGGACCAGCAAGGCAUUGACAUCCUGUACACUGGUUCCCAAAAGGUCCUGAAUGCUCCUCCUGGAACAGCACCCAUUUCUUUCAGUGAAAGAGCUUGCCAAAAAGUAUUCAACCGGAGAACAAGGCCUGUGUCAUUCUCCCUCGAUCUGAAUUGGCUUGCGAACUACUGGGGAUGUGAUGAGAAGCCAUCAAGAAUGUAUCAUCACACAGGUCCAGUCACCGCUUUUUACACCCUGAGGGAGAGCCUGGCUGUCCUGUCUGAAGAGGGUCUUGAAAAUUCCUGGAAGAGGCAUCAAAAUGCUGCAGAGCAUUUCUAUGCUGGCCUGGAGAAAUUGGGUCUCAAGCUUUUUGUCAAAGAAAAGCAUGCAAGGCUACCCACCGUUACCACCAUCGUUGCUCCUCAUGGAUACGACUGGAAAGAAGUCACAAGCUACAUCAUGAAAACGCAUAAUCUGGAGAUUUCUGGAGGGCUGGGACCGUCAGUUGGUCUGGUGCUGCGUGUGGGGCUGAUGGGAUGUAACAGCAGCAAAGAGAAGGUGGACAUGGUGCUGGCUGCUCUGAAGGACGCCCUGGAGCACUGUCACAGGAGCAAAGUGUAAAAAGGCUUUGGUUUAGCUGUUGCCUUGCAAAUGCUGUCUGAUAGGGUCAGUGAUAAACUCUAAAAGCUUCAGUAUGUUUAUUUUGGUUUGUUUGUUUAGGUCAAGAGGUUAAGUUCUCAUUUACGUUUUCCAGUGAAAAAAAAUCGAAUCCCUAUCGAUUAUUUGAAGAUAGUUGAAGAUAUACGUUCUUCUAUUUUAUCUUUUAUGCUACUUUCUAAAAAUAUUUAAAUUAUUUUUUUUAUUUUGUUUAAAGUCACAGUGUCUGGUGUCAAACAUGCACAAAAGUCUAAAUUGUUGUUUAUUUUCACAAAAAAUAUUAUUGUCAUUUUAAGGCAAAUGACACUGUACAUGAAUUCUCUUAUUUCCACAGUUUCUCUUGUACACUGAAGGACAUCAAUAAAGGAGUUUAUCUCAAACUAACAAAGGUCCUCCUCUCACACAUGCACGCGCGGUCCCCAGCACGUACACACCCCCACUCCACAACAAUACCGACGCAGUCCGCGAUGGCUUCAUCGGGCUGCAGAGAUCCCACAAACUCCCCAUCGAUAAAUAAAACAUUAAUAAAUCGUAAAUCAAACAAAUGAGCUACCAAACAUUUGGAACGUUAUCAAUAAACAUUCAGCUCACCUGUUCAACUAAGUUUAGUGGGUGUGCUACUCGUAAAUUUACAGUUUAAAUUUCCUAAUUUUACUUUUUUUUGGUGGCCCUUAAACUCCGUUGCACUGAAUAGUUUGAAACUGAAAUUUUUUUUUCCCGCCGGUAGGAAAAAAAAAGUCCUCAUUUCCGUUGUGCUGAGGGUAAUGCCAUUGCGUUUUUUUCUUUUGUAUGUAGUGUGAGCCCUGUCGGCCACCGGAAUCCAUGAUUUAAUGUCUAAAAUGCAUUUUAAGAGUGUGUUGACCGACUCUUCGUCAUCAGGAGACAAAGCGAUGUACAGUUGAGUGUCAUCAGCGUAGUUUUGAGCGAAUUUACCAAUUAUUUCAUUAAAAAUUGUGCAAUGUCA